ACUAAUAUCCCAGAAUUAUAAAACUCGUGGCCGAGACUCGUUUCAGCCGCACGUUUUCUUUCGUAACGUAACAAGUAACCACCAGCAGCAGCUCAGGCGUAGAUGGCCACCGGCGCAAGCACCUCCGCCACGACACACGUGAUCGGGUCCGCCGUCAUCGAGCUGGCCCGAAGCAACCGCACCGGAGCCCCGUUCUCGGUCCGUAUAUCGACGAAGAGUAACAACGGCGUCUUCACCCGGGACGAGCGGGACCCGCGGGCGGAGGGGCCGUCUUGUAUCUUCGUCGGCCCCAUCGAAACUGCCCGCAAAGAAACCCUAGAAGCUCUCUAUCGCCAGGCACGGGAUGCUUAUUACAGUGGCAAUCCUUUAAUAGUUGAUGACAUGUUCGAUAGAGUAGAGUUGAAAUUACGGUCUUAUGGUUCAAAGUAUGUUGUCAAAUACCCACGUUGCAGCCUUAGGAGGCAGUCAACAUAUGCUGAUGCUGAGGGUUUUUUGUCCAGAGUCAAAAGAAUGAACACUCUCCUGCAACUGUUCCCCUUAUGGCAGGAAGAUCCUUCACAGGUCUUUCUACUAGCAGGUGUAUGGCUCCUGUUUCUUGGUUUUGGAAGUUCAGCAUGCCUCAUCCCCGUAAUCUACAGUAUUGGUCAUGCUUAUCAGGAUGCAUUUAGUUCCGGAUAUUAUUACAGCAGCCAGCCAUCUCAGUUCCUUGCCAUAUUGAACGGCAUGCUUUUUAUGGCAUUGGGGUCUGUGAUUGGUUAUCCAAUUGCAUCAGCUUCUGUUAAAGCGCUUGAAGGGCUUUGGAGGAAUGACUUGGUAGCAGUUAAGGGAGCUUGCCCAAAUUGUGGGGAGGAGGUGUUUGGAUUUGCAAGAUCGAAUCAGUCCAAUUACUCCCCCCAUAGAGCAGAUUGUCAUGUGUGUGAAUGCUCUCUGGAAUUCCGCACCAAGGUUGAGCAAUCCAUCUCAAUUCCGGGUAGACGUUUGGUUUAUGGGCGAAUUUACUUGAUUAAACAGAGAGGCAGGAGUCACCAUCAAAGAUGGAAGUAAGAUGCAUGGCUAGUUGAUGCUCCACAUGAUUAAUGUGAUCCCUAGAAUUGCAUACCAUAUCCUGAUUCUUUGUCUCGCAUUUUUCUCCUGUUUGGAAAUUGUAAUAAUCCUAAAAGAAGUACUGAUCUCUAAUCAAUACAAAGUUUGUGUGUCUGGUAUUACGCACAGUUUUGAGUCAA